AAGAUGGCGGCCGGCGGGGCGCGGGGGCGGCGCGGCGGGCAGCGCCGGCUCUGAGCGGGGACACCCCGCGGGAGGCGGCCCGCAGGCUUUGGAGAGCAGCGCCCGCCGGUCGGGGAGAAGGCAGAACCCCCCUUUGGGGGGGGGGGGUGUGGAACGGGGCGGGGAAAGAGUUGGCGGCGCGGAAGGUGGAGGCGCUGCCGGCAGCCCGGCCGUGAGGGGCCGGAGCGCGAGGGCGGGAGCCGGCCCGGAGGGGUGAGGCGGCCCGCGGGGCGAGGGGCCAGGCCGAAGAGGGGCAGCGGCGCGGGCUGAGGCAGGCCGGCCGGCGGAGGAGGGAAGGCUGGCUCCCUGCGGCGGGCGCUCGCAGGUCAGGAGGCGGCUGCGCCGGUGGCUGCCCGCGUUCCUGGCUCUCGGCUGCUGGGCGCCCCACGCCAUGUUCUCGGUGCUCUCCUAUGGCAGGCUGGUGGCCCGGGCAGUCCUGGGCGGCCUCUCGCAGACGGACUCCCGUGACUACAGCUUGGUGACAGCCAGCUGUGGCUUUGGCAAAGAUUUCCGCAAGGGCAUCCUCAAGAAAGGCAUGUGCUACGGGGACGACGCCUGCUUCGUGGCCCGGCACCGGACGGCAGACGUGCUGGGGGUAGCAGAUGGUGUAGGUGGCUGGAGAGACUAUGGGGUUGAUCCUUCUCAGUUCUCAGGGACUCUCAUGCGAACGUGUGAACGUUUAGUGAAAGAAGGACGGUUUGUUCCAAGUAACCCUGUUGGGAUUCUCACCGCAGGUUAUUGUGAGCUGCUGCAGAACAAAGUACCUUUGCUUGGAAGCAGUACAGCUUGUAUCGUAGUUCUGGACAGAACGAGUCAUCGUUUACAUACAGCCAACUUGGGAGAUUCUGGAUUUUUGGUAGUCAGAGGAGGAGAAGUAGUCCAUCGAUCUGAUGAGCAGCAGCAUUACUUCAACACUCCCUUCCAACUGUCGAUAGCUCCACCAGAAGCAGAAGGAGUUGUCUUAAGUGACAGCCCUGAUGCUGCUGAUAGCACUUCUUUUGAUGUCCAACUUGGAGACAUUAUUUUGACUGCAACAGAUGGACUGUUUGACAACAUGCCUGACUACAUGAUCCUGCAGGAGCUAAAAAAGCUGAAGAACUCCAACUACGAGAGCAUACAGCAGACUGCACGAAGCAUUGCUGAGCAAGCUCAUGAGCUGGCAUAUGAUCCCACUUACAUGUCGCCGUUUGCACAGUUUGCAUGUGACAAUGGAUUGAAUGUGAGAGGGGGAAAACCAGACGACAUCACCGUCCUUCUGUCCAUCGUAGCCGAGUACACAGACUGAUGUGCCCCCGUGUCGGCUCCUGACGUUUCUGUUCGCCCUGAGCUCCCAGCGUCACCCAGACGGUUUCCUGCUGGCAGGAUUGCUUCCUUCCUUCCCAGCUGAUCCCAGUGGCUCUCGAGCUCGUUGCCAGUCUUCAGACACAACCGGGGUCCUUGCUAAGAACCACUCUCCUCAUACACUGGUCUUUGUCUGCCAGCAAGAAAUAGAGAAGCUCAAGGCUUGAAGCAUGUCUUUCAGAGCUUGCUCGUUGUCUUUUAAAGGGGGAGGAUCAAUCCUGCGUCGUUGCUGCAUUGAGAUGUGACUUUCAAAGGAGUAGAAUUGGUUUCUCACCUUUCAAACUAGAUCCAAUAGCUAGAACCUCUGCUUGAGGCCAUGUUACUCUAUUUGCUAGGAGCGUUCACUGUUCAUUAAAGGGUGUGUUACCGAACAGCGUUUCAUGAGCAUAGUCUUGUUCCAGUGGUAGCUGAGGUUUUGUGUUUCCAAGCUCCAGUUUUCAGGAGGUUUAUAACUGCUGUAAACAUUCUGCUCUUGCCAUACCUGGUGUCAGCCUAGGAGCCUUUUCUAGUAUGAAACUUCAAAAAAACCCAUACUUAGUUCAAGUUAAUAUGGAUGCAGAUGUGUUUUGUGAUUUCAGGUGCUUAACUGUGAUCUUAAAAAGUUCCGCAGAUCAUUCGUCCAUAACGGGCCUGGUAUCUGGAGGUUUGGGCUGUGGAUAACUACUUUUUUUUUUUCCUUUUUUUUUUUUUCCUUUUUUUUUUUUUUUUUUUUUGUAAAAACAAAUUUUAACUCAGCCUCAAAAACCCAAGCUGGCCAAAGCUGAGGUCCUGUCAGCAUUUUAACCCAUCCUGCCAGCGUGGGGUGAUGUGGCACAAAUGUUGCAGGGGGAGGUUGCACAAAGAACAGACCAACCUCCACUCUGAGAGUCUUCACCUCGGUAGAUGCUCCUGCUGUGAACACCACCCAGUUUGUGUUACUACUUGCCGUGCUUGUGUAGAACAGAAUAUGCUGCACCAGUAUUAGUCCAGUUGAUCCUUAUCUUUCUGACUCUCCAACAAGCACCUCUUUACUUAUGCUGUGGCAGCAGCACUAAGUACCUAAACAAACUAUUAAUGAAUAAUCAGCAACACUUUACAUUUCAGUAACUAAAGUUUAGGGUUUUUGGAAUGAACCUUAAUGAUGUUUACAGUUAUCUAACAGCCACUUUGCAAUAUUACAUUUCCUUUUGAAUUACAGUAGCUCACAUUUGUUUCCCCCUCUUCUAGCAAGCUUUCCUUUUUCUUUCCUGAGGUUCAUAGAAAAAGCUGAUAGUGUAAAGAUAUAUAUAUUUUUGGUCAGUUUUUCAUUAACUUUUUUGCUGGUAGAAAAGUAUGUAGAAAUAAAUUAAAGCCAUGUUUUUAUAUAUAUAUAUAUACAUAUAUAUGUGUGUAUAUAUAUGUGUGUAUAUAUAUAUAUAUGUAUAAAAAAAGUCGGGUAAUGUUGUUGUUUAGGUGAGUGCAGUUAAACUUGGUCAGUAAGUAAUCUUACCUGCUCUCAAAAGGAGAUUUUUACUACCUGGUUUAUUGUAUUAAAACUGUUUAAGUUUGAGGUUACCUCAACUUGUUUAAAGAAUUUCUGUGGACUUGUACUGUAUAUUUGCGUAACUAUGUCAAGCUUUUAUUUAAGAUCAUUUAACAUGUACCAUGUACAUGUCAUUUUACUAUAUUUCAAUGCAUCAUGCUUGUAACAGGCAUUUCAUUUAUAAUAAGUGAUUAAUUUGGAAGCUCUUCGGUAAUUUAUCUGCUAUUCCUGAAUUGGCAUCAUGUUAGCUCUUUUAAAUCACCUUGUAAUUACUUGUCAAAAUGCCUUAACUACCCUAACUUGACCAAAAUACUAUUUUGGUGAGGGUACGGGGAGGAUUAUGUGAAUGAAGACAAAUUAAUGAGUUUUGCCAUCCACGGAGCAGUGAGUGGUGGAGAACUUUGCACAAAGUGUCGGUCCGUGUUGUUUUUUCCGAUGGAACAAGCGGUGUCACCUCGCUGCCUGGGUGGAAGGAAUGUAUUCCCGCUGCAGCACAGGGCUUUUGUGUCUCGCAUUCGGGAGGCGUUUCCCUCUCACAUCGGGGGGGUCUUUUUACCUGCUUUCCAGUAUUUCCUCGCGCGCUUCUUGAUUAGAGCAGAUUUGAUCAAUUCUUCUUCCCCUUGAGCUUUUCCUCACACUUACGGCGCUGCCCCUGCCGGCUCUCCCCCUCGGCUCUCAGCUCGCUCCUCCCCACCCCUCAUUAUUCCCGACCCGUUGGUGCCGGGGGCGGUUCGGGAAGAGGCGGAGCCGCUUUCCCAGCCUGCUCCGGAGCAUCACACCGUGAUUCUUUUAUUUUCUCUUUUUAACAAAGAACAAAUUGGGAUUUAUUAUUUUUAGUAUUUUUUUUGUUUGUUUCAUUUGCAAAUCAUGAGUUUAAUCCCUCGCCGGACACACCAAAGACCAGUAAAGCUUAUUUAGCUUUUCCAUCUGUUGAUAAAGCAAUACUGUAUGAUAAAAAAUUGAUAUUUUUAUCACAUGCUUGAUUGUUUUGGGGUUUGUUUGUUUGUUGUGUUGUUUUUUUUUUUUAAGAUGUGCACUCUAUAAACAUAUCAAACCUGAUUUCUUCCUAUGAACUUAAGCUGUCUGCGCACAACAGAUUUUUUUGGGAAAGGAAAUGACAGGGCCCAUCCAAUCCAAAUAAUGUUAAACGAUGCAUGAAGCAGUAACACUUCCUAGGAAUUAGAUUAUUGUGACUGUUCACGAGAGGAAGGUCCAAGAAAGGUGUUCUGUGAAAUGGAAGAAUGGGUGAGCUGCCCCUGGGUGUUCCCAGGAGCAGCAGUGGGAAGGAAGUUUUCCAAACCAGUAACCCCAGGAGGUGACAGGGCUGGCAGGAGCUGGGGUUUCUGUUCCAGUGUUCCAGGGCUAAGAGGUGGUGAAGUGGAAAAACUGUGGUUCCUUGCUACUUUUAUGGCUAUCUUUGGGAGACCUGCAACAUACAGUUUCCCUCUAAAUCUAUUUUCUUCAUUUUGAUGAAGAAGGUGUGGCUGAAAACAAAACAAAAAUAACAGAUUUUGGGACCAGGCAGUUAAUGAUUGAGUAAAGGAGAAGGGAAAGGCAAAGGGCUGGCAAGGAUGUGAGGAUCUUGUGGUGGAAUCUCCAUCUCUUGGUAACAGGCAUCCUUUCUCCAGGGAAAAACAGAUGAUGUGUGUAGAAAUGGACUGUAUGAAGUAGCUUCUUACAAAGAUAGCUGAAAUAAUGAAGCAAAUCUUGAGUCUGUAUCUAAUGAGGAUGCUUUUUUGUUGUUGUUAAAAUGAGACUAUCAUCUAUGCUUACCUAAGAGGCAAUUAUGUGCAUUUCAUGUCUGAGGUAUAACUUAUGCAGGAAUAGUUCUGUAAAUACAUUUAAAUGAAUUGUAAAGAUAUUUAAUAAAUAUAGUAUUUAUACUAAAAUGUGUUUUUUAAAGUAAA